CGGGAGGGUGAGUGGUGACGUGCCCGCGUCCCCGCGCGUCUGGCAGUGCCGCGCUGGCCGCGCUGCUGGGCCGCGGUCGCGAGCUGUGAGGGGCGCAACCAGGCGCCUGGUUGCGGCCUGAGGUUAUGGCGAUGCCCGGUCCCGCCGCCGGGGGAGCUUGCGGCGGCGGCGCCCGUCCGUGAGUCGCUCCCGGUUCCCCGCCUGCGGCUGGAGGGUCAGGAGCGGGCUCCGUACUGCUUGCAGCAGAGGAAUGCGGGCUUGGGGUGGGGGAAGCGAGCUACGCCGUAACCCUACGCCGUAACGUGCAGUCGCUGCAGCGCUGCGUUCUGCGAGACGCUCCAUGCGCUGCUGGUCCUCGCCAGCUUCCCAGAGCCUCGUAGGCUUUGGUUCAGAUCUCCUUGGCGGCCGCAGAGCUUUUUGCUACUGCGUGGAAAUAGUGGCAGAAUGGAGUUGCGGUUUGGGCCCCUGCAGCCGCUAGACUAGUUGCAUCCGGUGAAGAAAACAUCUGAGAGUCACUGUGGUUGAUACUCUGAAAAGUCAGUUCAAGGUGUAGUGAAAGCCAAAAAGCAAAUAGAAUGGCAGAAAUUAUCAGGACUGAAGGUGGACUGUAGCCUGUCUGCCUACGCAGACUGUUAAUACCAUCGGGAUGGUCCCAUGCUGCUUCUUGAAGAUGGAACUCUCUUUAAGAUUACUCGAAGUGUUCACUACCUUUAACUAUCUGAAACCAUAGUUUUCCAUUGCUCACUUCCUGCUAUACUUGCUGUACACUGAGGUGCAUAACUGAUGGCCAGUGUCUGAAAAAAAGAAAAGCAGCUCCUCAGCAUCUGCAGGGAUAGAGGAGAACCUGUUGCUUUUUAUUUGGAAGCACGUUCAAAGAAGUUGCAUGUGCUAAAAAUUGGCCAGAUAUCCUUGGCUUGCAGAAGGCAUCUCAAAAUGUUGUGUCGAGCUGCUCUGAGCCCUCUUGUCCGUUCGCCUGGAUGGUGCUUUGUGUUAUCGCCACGUGCCAUCGCAGCCAUUUCACGUUUAUAUCUCCCUCGCCAUAACCAAAGAUUAAGGAAUGAAUCCAUCCGUUGUUGGAGUAACAUCCCGUUUAUCACUAUGCCACUCAGCCGUGCACAUGGAAAAUCAUUUGCGCACCGUAGUGAGCUGAAGCAUGCAAAGCGGAUUGUAGUGAAGCUGGGUAGUGCUGUUGUGACUCGAGGGGAUGAGUGUGGCUUGGCGCUUGGGAGGCUGGCAUCUAUUGUAGAGCAGGUGUCUGUGCUGCAAAAUCAGGGCCGGGAGAUGAUGAUUGUCACCAGUGGUGCUGUAGCCUUUGGGAAGCAGCGGUUGCGUCAUGAGAUCUUGCUUUCUCAGAGUGUGAGGCAAGCGCUUCAUUCAGGCCAGAGUCAGCUGAAAGAUAUGGCUAUUCCAGUCUUGGAGGCGCGAGCUUGUGCAGCAGCUGGCCAGAGUGGACUGAUGGCUCUGUAUGAGGCCAUGUUUACCCAGUACAGCAUCUGUGCAGCUCAGAUUUUAGUCACCAACCUGGAUUUCCAUGAUGAACAGAAGCGUCGGAACUUAAAUGGGACAUUGCAUGAGCUUUUAAGAAUGAAUAUUGUCCCUAUAAUUAACACUAAUGAUGCUGUUGUUCCACCUCCAGAGCCAAACAGUGAUCUGCAGGGGGUAAAUGUGAUAAGCGUGAAGGAUAAUGACAGUCUGGCAGCACGACUGGCUGUGGAAAUGAAAACUGAUCUCCUGAUUGUUCUCUCAGAUGUAGAAGGACUCUUUGACAGCCCUCCAGGAUCUGAUGAUGCAAAGCUCAUUGACAUAUUCUACCCAGGAGAUCAGCAGUCUGUAACAUUUGGAACCAAAUCUCGAGUGGGAAUGGGAGGCAUGGAAGCCAAGGUGAAAGCAGCUCUAUGGGCCCUCCAAGGAGGCACCUCUGUAGUGAUUGCAAAUGGAACCCACCCAAAGAUCUCUGGUCAUGUCAUCACAGACAUUGUGGAAGGGAAAAAAGUUGGAACCUUUUUUUCAGAGGUAAAACCUGCAGGUCCUACAGUAGAGCAGCAGGGUGAAAUGGCUCGAGCUGGUGGUAGGACCCUGGCGGCUCUACAGCCUGAGCAGAGAGCAGAAAUUAUUUAUCGUCUUGCUGACUUACUAACUGACCAGAGAGAAGAAAUUCUCUUGGCAAACAAGAAGGACUUAGAAGAGGCUGAAAAUAAAGGGAGAUUGGCCCUUCCAUUGUUGAAACGUCUGAGUCUGUCUACAUCGAAGCUGAACAGCUUGGCUAUUGGUCUGCGUCAGAUCGCAGCAUCCUCACAGGACAGCGUCGGCCGUGUGAUUCGCCGAACACGAAUAGCAAAAGACCUGGAUUUGGAGCAGGUGACAGUGCCUAUUGGCGUCCUUCUCGUGAUCUUUGAGUCCCGACCUGACUGUCUUCCACAGGUGUCUGCUUUGGCCAUAGCCAGUGGAAAUGGCUUACUACUUAAAGGAGGGAAGGAGGCAGCACAUAGCAAUCAAAUCCUUCAUCAUCUGGCACAAGAAGCACUCUCCAUUCACGGAGUCAAAGAUGCGGUGCAACUAAUUGUUGUAUUGCAACUACCACAGGUGAACACAAGAGAGGAAGUAGAAGAUCUCUGUCGUUUGGAUAAGCUGAUAGACCUAAUCAUUCCACGUGGUUCAUCACAGCUAGUCAGAAAUAUCCAGAAAGCUGCUAAGGGAAUCCCAGUGAUGGGACACAGCGAAGGGAUCUGUCACGUGUAUGUGGACACAGAUGCCAGCGUUGAGAAGGUUACACGAAUAAUCAGAGACUCAAAGUGUGAAUAUCCUGCUGCCUGUAAUGCUCUGGAAACUCUCUUAAUUCAUCGAGACUUGCUGAGAACCCCGUUGUUUGAUCAAAUCAUAGACAUGUUGAGAGUAGAACAGGUGAAGAUUCAUGCUGGCCCAAAGUUUGCAUCUUACUUGACAUUCAGCCCUUCAGAAGUGAAAUCUCUCCGCACAGAAUAUGGGGACCUGGAAUGCUGCAUUGAGGUGGUGGACAGUGUCCAAGAGGCUGUUGAACAUAUCCACAAGUACGGAAGUUCUCACACGGAUGUUAUCAUCACAGAGAAUGAGAAAACAGCAGAGUUCUUCCUCCAGCAUGUGGACAGUGCGUGUGUUUUCUGGAAUGCCAGCACCCGAUUCUCUGACGGCUAUAGAUUUGGACUUGGUGCUGAAGUGGGAAUUAGUACUUCUCGGAUCCAUGCACGUGGACCAGUGGGAAUUGAAGGACUCUUAACUACAAAGUGGUUGCUGAGGGGGGACAAUCAUGUUGUUUCUGACUUCUCGGAGCAUGGGAGCAUGAAGUAUCUUCAUGAGAGCCUCCCUCUCCCUCAGAGAAAUACCAACUGAGAACAUGAGGGCAGCGGGAAACCCCAGGGCUAUAAAUAGUUCCUGGAGAUGUUCAGACUUCAGGGCACUCUCUGGGGAUGGAGUUUGUUUUUCACCCUCAGGAACAUUGUUCUCGGUCACUCCACAGUACAACAAAUACCAAAUUAUCCCAUCUGUGAGAUUAUUUUUUUAUUUCGGACUCUGUUUCUUAGAUAGUAUUUGCAAGCUGACCUCGCUCUUCCCAGAGAUAGACUUCUUCAAAACACAGGUAACUAAGGGAAGAUUUAGGUACCUGCUGCAUUCUUUUUGUAUCCCAUGUUCCUUGUAACAAAUAUGGUUAGUGGCAGAGCAUCAGUUUUUUGUCUUUGUGCUAUUCAGCUGCUGUCUGUUCUGAGAACAAACCAGAUAGCUGAUGGGGUUUUGUUUGGUUGGGUUUUGGGUUUGGUUCCCCCCCUCCCCCCCUUCUGUCUUAUGAUCCAAGGCAGCUCGUGAAAGCCAGAAAGCUUUACGCUUUCAUUCUUUGUGUUUGAUUACUCUUGUGAUAAGGGCAUAGGUGUUUCAAAUGCAUAAUAAGCUUUUGACCAAGAAACCUUUUAUAUCUCUUUGUAUUGUUUAUUAUUGUAGAUAAAUAACACAACUGUCUCCCACGUGAACUUUGUUACCUAUUUGGUACCGAAGGUUUAUUUUUCUUUGGUUUCGUUUAAAACUUGACCUUCCGCAACCCCUCCUCCGAGACCAGUGCUGCUUCAUCACUGUUUUGUCACGGAUAACCUCUGCAGACACGCUUCUUCCUCCCUGCGCUGCAGCGGGGAGCAGCGCUCUCGCCGUGGCAGCGGCGCCCGGCGCUGGAGGGCCCGCUCCGCGCCCCCUCCCGCGGCAUGGCCAUGCAGCGGCACCUCGCUUCCCGUCAGCGCGUGCGCUGACACUGGUGAAGCGAGCGGGACGCUGCGGUAGGUGCGGAUGGUUCCGGCCCCUGGAGGCGGCGCGGCAGGGCGCGGCGCGGCAGCUCAGCCCGGCCGUACCGGGAGCGCGAUGAGGGGAGCUUUCCCCAGCCUUGUUCUGCCGUGAGGGCCCUGGUGUCUCGGCACUGGGGACACGGACGGCCGGGGAGGGGCGGGCAGGGCCUGGAGCAGGACGGUGCUGCCGGGGCACGCCUAUCCGGCAUGGCUGGCCAGGCGCAAGGAAGUUUAAAACCGACCGAUCGAGCAGAGUUAAGGAUGGUCGAUAGAGGCACAAUAACUGCAAGCCCGCGAGAGGUGCCGGAGAACUGUUACUGGGGAAGCAAGAAGAUGGAGUUAAAACCAGCACCCCACCGCCCGCGUACCUGGCGCCGCUCUAAGCAAGUGACUUGUUGCAGACGUCCUGUGGUGCUCAAUAGCUACCCCCCAGCUGACAGGGCUGACGGGGACCAGGGCCAUGGUGCCCUGGGGCAGCUAUCCCAGCAUGGGAAUGGAGGGGGAACAUCCCAGAGCAGAGCCUGAGCAACAGCUGUGGCACCAUCCUCCACAGCCUGUGGGACAGGGGCUGCGGGUGCUGUCCCUCUUGUCUCUUCCUAGCACAGCCCCCCCCCCUUUUCUUAGGGAUGCGUGUACCUGUGUAAAUGGCGGUUAUUAAAGUAAUGAAGUAAUGAGCU